AUGUCGUUAUCGACUACCGAAAUUGAAAGAUCUCUUAGGGAGAAUGAAGAAUCCCUACGUGAGAUCAAGGAACUCUUGGUCCUUAGCCCAGAAGAUCCAGAAUUGAACAAUCUUGCCGGAGAUCUACAAAGUAUGAUGGAGGUUCAACGGCAACAAUUAUUACUAUCAAAGAAAAACGACCUUCUCGCACUUAUUGGUUGUCCAAUAGAAACUUUACACGACGACAUAGGACACACGAUCGAAACUCAAAGCGACAUACAGACGCAUACUGAAGAGAAUCCUAUUAACUCCAAUACUGAUACAGAUUCCUUACAGAUCGGCGACAAAUGUUGUAUCCCAUUUACUCACCCAGAAUAUCAAAAAGUCUAUUUUCUUCCUGGAUUAGUACAAAGUAUAAAUUCUGGUGCCAACACUCAUAACAUAUUGAUAUUGACACCUAUUACUCCAUCCACUCGUGUAUGUAAAAAGUAUUUGUCAAAUCAAUGUGUGUUGCCGUGCCCCCGCGGAUAUUCUCAUGGUGAAGAAAUUUCAUCCGAUCUUGUUGCUCCGUAUGAAUUGCUCCAUAUUGGCCAAAUAGAUGCAUAUAAAGUUGGAAGUAAUUGUUGGGCUAAAUAUGAAAAUGAUGAGGUAUGGUACAUGGCAAAGCUUGUUGGUAUCGAAGCAGGUGGCCAUGGCUUUAGAGUGAUUUAUAAAGGAUAUGAGAAUGAACAUCCUCAUGGGGUAGUUGUAGGUCCCGAUGAGAUAAUACCAGUACGAGGACUUUAUGACAUGGAAGAAGACAAUGAAGACGAUGAGGAUGGCAAUUCUAGUCAAAGUGAUUUCUCCAAUUAUGAAAGUGAUAGUCUUAGUGAUGAUAUUGACCCACCGUCCAAAGAACCCGGGGAGUUUGAAAACAUUCAUAUAUUUAAUUCAUCUAAUGAUGAGUCCUGUCGUUUUGCGGAAUGGGAAAAACAUACUAAAGGAUUGGGUAAGAAUAGUAAUGGCAUAAUAAAUCCGAUUGAAGUCAAGAUUUAUGAUAAAGUAAUAUCGCUGGACUAUAUCGGUGGACUGGAAAAUAGAUCUGGUCCUCAUCGGCGCAAAAAUCGGAAUCGUAAAUCCCAUGAUCCAUCGAUUCAAUCCAAACAUCAUAGAUCUCGUAAACGAAAAACAACAAAUAUUGGUCCCAACAAUGUUGACAUUUUUGAAUCAAACAGUACUGUUUUUGACUAUUUGAAUUCAUCUCUUAACAAAGGUGGAAAACAAAACACCCAUGUAUCUCAACGUCCUCGCAACUUCUCUGAAACUAAUCAUAACAUAGCAUUAUAUCAAAUACAACAACAACUAAGCCAAACCAACAGAGAACUUCUAAAAGCCAAGGAAUCUUUGCAAAGAAAUGAAAAGAAGGAUCCCACAAUGGCUAAACAUUUUAGAGAAAAAAUUAGUCAAAUUGAAGUAACCUUCCAAGCAUUGAAAAGAAAAGAACAGGAAAUCCAGAGUGGGAUUGAUAAAGCAAAAGGUCGUAAAAAGAUGUCAGUGUUUUAA